UGCUUCAUGCAGUUCAUGCGUUCAUUUAGCAAGCAUUUCUUGAGCAUCUACUCUGUGCAGGUCUCUGUCGUUAGGUAUCCGAAGUAAUUUGUAAACAUUAUUUUUAUUGGUACUUCGAGUAGCCCAUUCAAGAGCAUCUCACCACAACCAGGUUCUUCUGGACACUGAGGUUCCACCGCAAGCCCCUGUGCGGCUUCAGGAGCGGGCAGUGUGAGUGGGGGAAGGGGGAAUGCGCCAGGUUUAGCUUCUUUCCGGGAACAUGUCUGGGGUUCCUUUGCACCUGCCCCUGCCGGGCCCUCGGGCUCCCGGGGCCGCCAAGUCUUGGCAACUCCGCUGUCCUCAGUGGUGGCGGCGCCUCUCUCCAGCCUCCACCCCGGCCUCCGAGCAGAGGCCCCGGCCGGUCGGCAGGUGGUUGGGGAAGGGACCGGGCUGCGCCUGGGGAGCGAGCUUCCCGGGGCGGGGAGAGCGCGGCCGACGCGGAGCGGUCCCAGAACAAAAGGCUCAUGGCUGGCACCGGCCUCCUCGGAGCGCGCUGGGGACGUGGGUUCGGGUGCUGGCGGGAGGACCAGGCGCGGGAGGGGACUGGAGUGAAAACAUGAGGUGAGAAAAGCAGGUGGGGGUGCGCCCAGGGUGGAAGCGGUGACAGGAGGUCUCCCUCGAGGCAGAGGUAUGCGGAGGGGCCGCCGCGGCCCUUCCUCCGCCUCCUGCAGCGCCUUCUAAGCAGCCAAGCGUGUCUCCGGCUGCAACUCCGCGGAGCGCGCCGCGGCCGCCUCCAAGCCCGCCCGUCCGCCGGCUGUUCUAGCCAGUAAAUAGCGGCGCGCUUGCCGCCGGCUCCCCGCCCCACCGCGGCUUCCGGGCCGCCGCGCCCGCCGCCUCCCGCCACCUCCAGCAGACGCGCCGGCAAGUCCACAGCCGGGCGCUGGUGGCCGAGUGCGCCUCCUUGGCGUGGCCCCUCUACCCGCUCCGCGCCCUUCCGCGUGGCGCGGCUUUUGAGGCUCGCCGCGGGGAGGGUAGUCUUCGCCGCGAGCUCCCCGGGUGCCGCGCCACCCCUACGUCCAAUGGCUUUCGCUGGGUGGGGAGUUGGGGGCGUCGCUCGGGGGCGAGGAGCCGCGGCCGGGGAGGGGCUUGUGCGCUCUGCGCGGCCGAGCGAGGCUGACGUGCCCGCCCGAGCGCGCGCCCUGGCGAGUGUGUGAGAGUGUGUGUGUGUGUGUGUGUGUGUGCGGGAGUGUGUGAGCACACGCCUUCAGGGGCUGGAGUGACACUGCGGUGGGCUUCUCCCUCGCGCCGGCCCUCCGGCUGCUCGGCCCCCAACCUGCCGGCGCCGCGUUUGGGAAGCAGCUUGGCUCUUUCAUCUUCCCGAGCCUCCCUCUCCAUCCACCCCUCGCUGGCCUUACUUUUCCUUUUACCCGAGGGGCUGCUGCCGGCCACCCCUCAACCGGUGCAAACACCCAAGCAGUCUCCAGUUCUCUCCUAAGCCAAAUCUUUUCCACUUGUCUUUCUCUGGGGUUCCACCACGACCCAGUCCAAGGCUCCCCCAUCCUUGGAAAUUGUUUUGUUGGACUGCUGUACCGAGGCGUAUAAAGCUUGAGGACUUUAUUAUUAUUUCGAUCCUUUUCAUUUCCUCCCCUUCUGGGCAACGGAGCAAUGAAAUUUCCAAUCGAGACUCCAAGAAAACAGGUGAACUGGGAUCCUAAAGUGGCCGUUCCUGCAGCAGCGCCCCCGGUGUGCCAGCCCAAGGGCACCACUAACGGGCAUUACACGGCCCCACGCCUCUCCAUCUCCUCCCGAGCCACGGUGGUAGCCAGAAUGGAAGGUGCCUCCCAAGGGGCCCUGCAGACCGUCAUGAAGUGUAAAACAGUGGUUGCCAUCUUCGUGGUCGUGGUGGUCUACCUCGUCACGGGCGGUCUCGUCUUCCGGGCAUUGGAACAGCCCUUUGAGAGCAGCCAAAAGAACACUAUUGCCAUGGAGAAGGCAGAAUUCCUGCGGGAUCAUGUCUGUGUGAGCCCACAGGAGCUGGAGACAUUGAUUCAGCAUGCUCUUGACGCUGACAACGCAGGAGUAAGCCCCAUAGGAAACUCUUCUAACAACAGCAGUCACUGGGACCUCGGAAGUGCCUUUUUCUUUGCUGGAACUGUCAUCACCACCAUAGGGUAUGGGAAUAUUGCUCCAAGCACUGAAGGAGGCAAAAUCUUUUGCAUUUUAUAUGCCAUCUUUGGAAUUCCACUUUUUGGUUUCUUAUUGGCUGGAAUUGGAGACCAACUUGGAACCAUUUUUGGGAAGAGCAUUGCAAGAGUGGAGAAGGUCUUUCGAAAAAAGCAAGUGAGUCAGACCAAGAUCCGGGUCAUCUCGACCAUCCUGUUCAUCUUGGCCGGCUGUGUUGUGUUUGUGACAAUCCCCGCUGUCAUUUUCAAAUACAUUGAGGGGUGGACGGCCCUGGAGUCCAUUUACUUUGUGGUGGUCACUCUCACCACGGUUGGCUUUGGUGAUUUUGUGGCAGGGGGAAAUGCUGGCAUCCAUUACCGGGAGUGGUAUAAGCCCCUAGUGUGGUUUUGGAUCCUUGUUGGCCUUGCCUACUUUGCAGCUGUCCUCAGUAUGAUCGGAGAUUGGCUACGGGUUCUGUCCAAAAAGACAAAAGAAGAGGUGGGUGAAAUCAAGGCGCACGCGGCCGAGUGGAAGGCCAACGUGACGGCGGAGUUCCGGGAGACGCGGCGGCGGCUGAGCGUGGAGAUCCACGACAAGCUGCAGCGGGCGGCCACCCUCCGCAGCAUGGAGCGCCGGCGCCUGGGCCUGGACCAGAGGGCACACUCGCUCGACAUGCUCUCCCCCGAGAAGCGCUCCGUCUUCGCCGCCCUGGACGCGGGCCGCUUCAAGGCCUCGUCCCAGGACAGCAUCAACAACAGGCCCAACAACCUGCGCCUGCAGGGGUCCGAGCAGCUCAACAAACACGGGCAGGGAGCCUCUGAGGACAACAUAAUCAACAAGUUCGGGUCCGCCUCCAGGCUCACCAAGAGGAAGAACAAGGACAUCAGAAAGACCUUGCCCGAGGAUGUUCAGAAGAUCUACAGGACCUUCCGGAAUUACUCCCUGGAUGAGGAGAAGAGAGAGGAGGAGGCGGAAAAGGUGUGUAACCCGGACCACUCGAGCACGGCCGUGUUGACUGACUGCAUCCAGCCGCAGGCCGAGAUGGAGAAUGGCGUGGCCCCCACGGACACCAAAGACCAGGAGCGCGAGAACAACGCAUUACUUGAAGGCAGAAACUAAACGGUAAGGACAUUGGACUUGACCCAGCGUUGUGGGUUUUGUUUGUUUGUUUGUUUUUUAAUUCACCCUGAGACACGUGCCUUAAACAAGACUUCUCGUUAGUCCGAAAUUACAUAGCAUCGAAGAAUAUAUUUCACUGUGCCAUAAACGACUGAGAAAGCUUGCUCUGCCCAAAGGAAUCAAAGAACAAGGACUUCACUUUCCAUCUCGACCGCAGGACACCCAGGGAGCCUUCGCAGGCAUAGGAGGUCACGGCCGCAGAGGUCAAGGGCACGUCCAGGCGAUGCUGUGCCCCAGUGAAGCGCUGCCCCGCUCUGGCGGGUAGAAAAGGGCAGCUAUUCCUUAGACCAGCCGUCUGAAAGGAACAGGUGUGUCUGUUAAAUGGAGUCAUUUCCUGAACCUACUGUUAGCGAUAUGUGCGCACACAGAAGGGGACUGGAUUGGGGUGUGAAGUGGUACUUGUAACUUGGGUUAGAGUGGACAUUUUAGAAUGUUGCUCUGAGCUCCAGUUUUGAUACAAAUGGUUCAGUGCAUACCUAGCCUUUCUAAGCUCCAAAUGAAUGUCCUUGGGACCCGAGAGCACCUGGAAUUUGUUGGAAGCAGAUCAGAGCGCACAUAUUAAAAGGUGCAAUUGCUUUCCUCAUUACAAAA